AUGUCGCAGACAAUCCUCAUCUCCGGAGCAUCUGGGUUCAUUGCUUCCCAUGUCAUCCGCCUGUUCCUCGAAUCUGGCUUCAAGGUCCGCGGCACUGUCCGCUCUGAAGUAUCUGCAAAGAUAGUCAGAGAGACGCAUGCCGAGUAUGCCGAUGCUCUGUCGUUUGCCUUUGUAAAGGACAUCUCGGCACCCGGAGCGUUCGACGAAGCAGUCAAGGGUGUCGAUGGAGUAAUUCAUACUGCGUCUCCAUUCAUUCUCGACGCCGAAGACUACGAUAAAGAACUCUUUAACCCCGCCGUCAAUGGCACUGUCUCGAUUCUCAAAGCCGUCAAGGAGCACAAUCCAUCUGUCAAGCGCAUCGUUGUCACAUCUUCCUUUGGCGCCAUCCUGGAUUACACUGCCGGCCAUCAGCCCGGCUACAUCUAUACCGAAGCCGAUUGGAAUCCCAUGACGGCCAAUGAGGCGCACGGGGCGGAUCCUGUUGCUGCUUAUCUCGUGUCGAAGACACUGGCUGAGAAGGCCGCGUUUGAGUUUGUAGAAACGCAGAAACCGAGCUUCAGCAUCGUAACAGUGGCGCCGCCAUUGGUGUAUGGCCCGUUGUUGCACGGCUAUGAGAGCAUGAGCAAGCUGAAUACAUCGUCAGCUGAUAUCUAUCGCCUGUUUAAUGGAUCAUCUAAGGAGGUUCCUGAUACCGUUUUCUGGGCCUGUGUUGAUGUUCGUGACGUUGCCAAAGCCCACCUCCUCGCUUACCAAACUCCAACUGCUGCAAACCAACGAUACAUCAUCUCUGCGGGUAGCUUUAGCUACCAAAUAUUCUGUAACAUCAUCCGAGCACGUUUCCCUGAGUUAGUGGCGACGACGCCGGAGGACAAGAGCAGCUUGCCCUUUCCGGACGUGUACAAGCUGGACACAACCAAGGCAAAGAAUGAAUUGGGAAUCGCAUUCCGCCCCAUUAAGGAGACCCUUAUGGAUACAGUUACGAGCUUGAAGGAGUUGGAGAAAAUCACAGCAUAG